GAGAUACUGCAAUAUCAAACAGCCAGGACAUAGGAGAGACGAGAGGAAGUCAGUAAGACAAAGUGAGACAAGAGCGUGCCAGUUUGAUUCAGUUACUGAUCGGAUCGGUGAUUAUGGGAAUGCUGGGGACAUCAGUGGCCUUUCUUCUUCACCUGGCUGCAUGCCUGGCUGCCCCUGUGCCAUGUGAAGAGAAGGUAGUCCGUCUGGAAGCGGAGAUCCAGGGCCUGAUGAAAGUGAUCAAUGACCAGCACCAGUACAUCCAGGAGCUCCACAACAGCCAGUCCCAGCAGUUAGAGCACAUACCCAACUCACACCUGGGCCCUGAGAACCUGUACAGGGACUGUUCCGAGGUGUUUGCAGACGGUAACGUGGCCAGUGGGCUCUACGUGAUUCGUCCAGAUGGCUCUCCCACUGCACUCAGUGUUUACUGUGACAUGAACAAUGGAGGAGGAUGGACAGUCUUCCAGAGAAGGAGAGAUGGCACAGAGAAUUUUGACAGAGCAUGGGUGGAGUACAAGCAUGGAUUUGGGGACCUCUUCUCCCCUAGUGGAGAAUUCUGGCUGGGGAAUGAACCUUUACACUAUCUCACUUCCCAAGGAAACUAUGACUUGCGCAUCGACAUGGAGGACUUUGAGGGUAAUCAGCGCUACGCAGAGUACAAGAACUUCAAAGUGGACAGUGAAAAGGACCAGUAUCAGUUACAUUUGGGAGAGUACACAGGGAAUGCAGGGGAUGCUCUGGCUGAUGCUCACAGUCCCUCCUCUGCUGGUGCAGGCUUGGGCUCAAGCAAAGUCAAAUUCAGUACUUUUGAUCAGCCAAACAACGACGAUACUGAAAACGACAGCCAGUGUAUCAGACUCACCAAGUCAGGCUGGUGGUUCAGCAGGUGUGAUUCAGGGAAUCUGAACGGUCAUUACUACAAAGGGCCGUACCAAGCGAUGACCGAUGACGGGGUGGUGUGGUACACAUGGCAUGGUUGGUGGUACUCCAUCAAAUCUGUGAUCAUGAUGGUGCGGGCCACCGACCUCGAGCAUCCACCGCCAGUCGUCGGUGUAGUUGAUCCUGCUCAUGGCCAAUAGGCUGAAAGCAAAUGUGGAAGCAAUGUGUGUCUCCUCACUUAAGCCUGAAAAACUUUCCUGUUUUUUUUUUUUUUUACACAUUUGACUAAAGGCUAUUUGACAGGCUACAAACUGGGUAAAAUUAGUGUCAUCUCACUCAAACCUUUCUUGUAUUCAUACAGUUUGACUUUUUCAAAAAUGUCUACCAUUGCAUUUAUUUUAAUGUUUGAAAUAAAACAAUGUUGCUUUAA